AUGACAUAUCAAUAUUUUAAUCGAUUACAAAGUAUAACAAAUGAAUAUUCAUCGACUACAUCAUUGCUUCUUGCUGUUAUUAAAUGUCAAAUACUUCUUCCUGGUACAUGUUCAUUGUAUCUCAAAUGGUAUCCACCUAUUCAUCAAUCGGAACUUUUUCUUCAAAUACCACAUAUAUUAUUGAGUCCAUUUACUCAAUGGAUAAUAAGUUGUCAUUCAGAUUCAAUUAUUCAUUGUUCUAAAGAUGUUAGAAAUAUCCUACGUCGUUUGAAUAAUGCCUUUGUUCGUCUUAUCCAAUGGGAAAAUGUCAAUAUUUCAAAUCAAGAAUUCUAUAAUGAUUAUUGUAGAUUAGUUUCAAAAUGGUCAUCAUUUUUAUGA